UCAAAUUAUAGACUUGUAUUUUAUUUGUAUUCAUUUCAAUCUUUUUUUAUCAGUGAAAUGUCAAACUUAAAAGUACAUUUUACAUUAAAAAAAUGUUCUCAUGUUUAUUAUUUUACAAUCUUCUUAAUGACAUUUUUUUUAAACUUCAGUUACGUAUCCGGAUCACGAGGAUUAAAUAAACUUAUGAAAAAAGAUAAAAAGUUUAUUAGUUGUUUUUUUGGAUCAUCGGUGAAAGAUGAUGAAGAAUGUUCAAAAAAAAAUGACGAACUUGGUUGUGUUAAACCAUACUAUCCAGACAAUGAAUCAUUAAUAUCUCAAGAAUGGAUACAAUCAAAUGUUUUGGAUGAUAUUAUUAAUUAUUUGAUUAUAUCUAACGAAAAAGAAAAUUCUGUCGAAUACAUUCCAUCAGGCAUAUAUUCAUUUUUUUUGAUUAAAGACUAUUCAAUUUUAAAAAAUAUUUUUUCAAUAUCUGAUAUUCUAAAAAAAGAUAUGAUAAUAAUAAGCAUAAAUACAGAUCUUUUGAAGGGCUGUCAUUGGAUUUUAGGAAUCAUUCAUAUUAAACAGAAAAAGAUAAUUAUUCUAGAUUCAUUUCUUAUUAUGAAAUCCGACUUAACAAUACAUUUUAGUACUUUAUUAAGAAUGUUGUUUUUAUUUUACACUAUCUCAAGCUAUUGCAAUGGAACAGAUUUUAUGUUAAAUAUUAAUGAAUGGGAAUUAGUUAAAGCUUCUAACGCAUUACAACAAAAAAAUAAUUACGAUUGCGGAUUAUUUGUUUGCUUACAUGCAUUAAGUUUCUUAACUGAUCAAAAUUUCGAACAUAUUUCAUCUGAAUUCGAUAGACAUUGGUUGUUGGAACAAUUUAAUAAUUAUACUGAAUUAAAAAAAAAUAAAAGUUUAACUACGAUUGAAAAAAAUAAUUUAACCGAUGAAGAAAUAACAUUAAUUGAAAAAAGAUACCUGGAAGAAAUUAAAGUAAUGAACAAUGAAUUCUCUUUUCAAAUAUAUGCAGUUCAUGUUGCCAAUCUAAAAUAA